CCCAUCGCCGGCCUGGGCCAGUACACACUGCAGUGGCCUGGCACCUGGUGCUUCAUCAGCACCGGCGACAGCCAGCUCACCGGGAGCCUCUUCUUCGCCUCCACCUUCACCGUCCUGGGGCUCCUCUCCCUCGUGGUGACGGUGGCCUGCAACCUGGCCACCAUCGAGGCCUUGGUGUCUCGUUGUCGGACCAAAGCGACUGCGUCCCACUCCAGCAAGCAGUGGGGGCGAAUCGCCAUGGAGACACUGAUCCAGCUCUUGGGGAUCAUGUGUGUCCUCUCGGCCUGCUGGUCACCGCUGCUGAUAACGAUGUUGAAGAUGAUCUUCAGCCACACAUCAUUUGAACACUGCAAGGGAUUCUCCACCGAAGCCCAAAGCUCAGAACUGCACAAGGAAUGCAAUUUCUUCUUGACAGCUGUGCGUUUGGCCUCACUAAACCAGAUACUGGAUCCGUGGGUGUACCUGCUACUCAGAAAGAUCCUCCUCCAGAAGUUCUGUCAAGCAGCCAACGCUGUCUCCAAGUGCUCCAACAAUGAGUGGAAAGAGAGGUCAAUCACCCUGUCAGAGGAAAUCCGACGGACAACGGCAUGA